GGCAAUGUCUCUCGAGACACGUUCGAGCUCGGCCCUGUUCAAGCGAGCCGAACAGCUCAAGCGUUGGGAGCAGUCCGAGACGAAUCGCGAGCCCACGCAACCCCGCCAAGUCGCGCGCAAGAUCAAAUUCUCCGCCGAUAUCGUCUUCCUGGCGGCGUGCGCGGCCAGCGACAAGGAGGAGGUCGUGCGUCUGCUGCAGAGGGGAGCGGACAUCAACACUGGAAACGUCGACGGUCUCACCGCGCUGCACCAGGCUUGCAUUGAUGAUGACCUGGAUAUGGUGGAGUUUUUGGUGGAACAAGGAGCGGAUAUCAAUCGUGGAGAUAAUGAAGGCUGGACGCCUUUACAUGCCACAGCAUCUUGUGGAUUCAUAUCUAUUGCUAAAUACUUAAUAGAACAAGGAUGUAAUCUGGCAGCAGUAAACAAUGACGGUGAACUGGCGCUGGAUAUUGCAGAAAGCGACGAGAUGGAAGACAUGCUCCAACAGCAUAUAAAUAAAGCAGGCAUCGAUUGUGAUCAAGCUAGGAGCGAAGAGGAACGGUCAAUGUUAAAUGAUGCAAAAUCUUGGCGGUCAGGUGCACCAGGCAAAGAUUCCAUGCAUCCGAGAUCAGGAGCCACGGCACUUCAUGUCGCCGCUGCCAAAGGCUACAUCAAAGUCAUGCACAUAUUACUACAAGCCCGAUGCAAUGUUGAUGCACAGGACUUUGAUGGAUGGACGCCUUUGCACGGUGCAGCGCAUUGGGGUCAACUGGAAGCUUGCAAACUUCUUGUUGAGAACGGCUGUGAUAUGGAUAUGAAAAAUUACGCCGAUCAAACUGCUUUUGAUAUUGCUGAUGCAGACAUCCUCAAAGCUCUUGAAAAUUUAAGAGAGCAACAAGCACUUAUCAAAGAAAAUUCACAAACAAAUAACAAGAAGCAAUCGUCUAUACCAAAGAAACGUUUCUCAACGAGUGCUGAUAAUGCGGUAGCGGCACAAGAAUCUAUAGAAAUCUUUGAAGAAGAAACGCCAAAUAAAGUUAAGAAGGUUGAAUUAGAGAUUCAAUCUGAUAAAGAAGAUUCCAGCACUAGUACAAACAGCGACGUUGAAGCAACACGUGAAACACACAUGGAAGAGAGUGAUGGUGAAGGUGAAUCUGAGACUAGCUCAGAAUCACACUCUUCCACUUUCUCCAAUCAAUCUGAUAAGUCUAACCACGCGACAUGUCUUACAGAUGACGAAAAGAAAAAUAGAGUAAACAAAGAUGAAAGUGCAUCCCAUAGUCCAAUAUCUCCAGUUGAAACUAAUAAAGUUCCUAAUCAGGCUCCAAUAUUGCCUCCAAAACAACAGACUGAUAAUAAUGAGGACGGUGUUGUACCAUCUUGGAGACGUUCAGGUUCCUUCCGAAAUAGAAUGCAAAGUACUGAAACUACUAAUUCUGCAUCUACAAAACUUGAAGAUAAGGAUAACAAUAUUAAAAUACCAACAACACCAAACAAAGUUAGUGGAGAACCCGAUGUGGUAUUAAGAAGAACGCAUAGUUUCGAGACAGAUGAGAAGUUUUAUGAGCAGUAUUUGGCAUUACGUGCCCGCAUCAAGGCGUUCUCGUGCCCUACCCUCCAUCGCUGCAAUGCAGCUACUCCUACUCACACCAAUGCUACGACUCGCUCUGCAUCUCUACGCGAAACACACAGAAAGAAAGACGUGAAAUUAAAUUUGGAAUUAUCAAGACUGCCACAAGGAAGCAAUACACUUUCACCAACAUCUGCAUCUAAAACAUUGGCAUCGAGUCUAUUGUCAUCCAUCACAACAACUACCACUGCCACUACAACAACAAGUCCUAUUCCAGUCAAUCAAAUUCGCAGUGUUCAACCAGUGGAAGCUGCAUCUACAGUUGUAUCGAAUACAAAUAAUGCAGUAGCAACUGCUCCUGGAACUCCUACUACACCAGGAGGGAGCAAGCUAAGUCCAGGAAAUCUCUUCAAGAAUUUCUUCAAAUCCUUCGUUCCACCUGUACGCGAUGAAGAAAGUGAAACUCAAAGGAAAGCCCAUGCAAAGAGAGUAAGAGAAACGAGAAGAUCUACUCAAGGUGUGACAUUGGACGAAAUUAAGAGCGCCGAACAAUUAGUGAAGAAAAAGCAACAGAACAACGAAUUGCCGACAUCAACAUCAUCCACGCAACCUCCUACUACUACCACUACUACUACUACUACUACUACCACCACCACCGUCAGCAAUACAGCUUCGAUCACAGCUACGAUAACAACCGCAACCUCCACUACUGUGACUCCUGUGAAUAAAGUUUCUGAAGAAUCUAAUUUACCUGAGAGACGACCGUCUUGGAGAUUAAGGGUAGACAAUGGAAGCAAGUUUCAGUUAGAGGAUGCUAAUAAUAAACCUACUGAUAAUACGACGGCCUAUAUGAGAAGACCGUCUGGUGGAACUGGUGUACCCAGACCAUCAUCAGCGCCUGUGGAGACUAUUGCUACCAGUAGUACAGAAACCACAGUUACUUUACCCCUUAGGAGAUCGUUAAAGCAACCUGAUGACAAAGAACAAGAUAAGGAAAAUGAUAGUAGAAACGCACAAGCUACACAAGCAGUUAUUCAAAGGAGACGUCGGCCUAAAAGAAGAUCGACAGGCGUAGUCCAUGUAGAUAUGGAUGAAAUUGACCCAGAAAAACAAGAUCUAACUGCUGGUGGUGAUUGCGAUGAUUCCAAAAUCAACCACAACGAAAGCGGAAACGAUCGUUCUGGGAGAGCCACUAGAUUAGGUUCGAUAUCUUCGCUAUCAUCAGAAGCCUCAUCAACACCAAUCAGAUUAAAAUCCAAUAGUUCCGAAAACGGUGAAUUAGAUUAUAAGAAAUUAUACGAGGAAUCUCAGUUCGAGAAUGAAAGGUUAAAGGAUAAACUGAAGCGCUCCGACGAACAAUUAAAGGAAGUCAGGCAUUUAUUGGAAAAAAUGCAAAUCAACCAAAAUAAAGUAAUUCUCUCUGAGGCAGAGAAAAGGGAAAGGCGAGCCAUGGAAAGGAAACUUUCAGAGAUGGAAGAAGAAUUAAAGGUGAUGGACCAACUAAAAUGCGAAAAUCAGAGGCUAAAAGAUGAAAAUGGUGCCUUGAUCAGAGUAAUCAGCAAAUUAUCCAAAUAAAUCUUGUAGUCUCAACUACACAUCGUAAUGAAAUUUUAAGUUGUAUUACAACUAUGUUGAAUGAAUUGCUUUAAUUAUAGCAGCAUCAUCAUUAUCGCUAGUAUUCUUACAAAUCUUGCGUCAUGCUAUCGAUGAAUUUAUCUUUAUAGUUAUUUAACUUAUUCCAAUUAUGAGAUCAAUUAAUCGCAUGGCUGUGCCAAAGGCGAAAAGAAAUGUUACUCCUAUUCUUAGACUGUGAAUACUUGAUUGUAAAAGACUUAGAGGAAUUUUACUUUGUGGAAUUACUUUUUAUAAUGUCAGAAAGAUAAAUUUUAUA